GCACCGCAACAGAAAGAGAAGAGUGAGCAGGGAAGGAAGAACCAACUCUCUGUUCUCUCUACUCAUAAGUUUCUAUUAUAUAUCAUACUUCUUCUCCCUUGGCCUCUACUCUUCUUCCUUUUCCCCAUUUUCUUACUCUCAUUCCCAACAACACCGUUUCCAAACACACAAUCCUCCUUCAGCUUCCAGAGCUUUCUGCGUUUCCGAAUGUCCACCGCACCGGCGCAGCCUCCGGUGAAGUCCCAGCCUCUGCACAACUUCGCCCUUCCCUUCUUGAAAUGGGGAGCCAGCGGCAAGAACCACACCAACGCAGCGCAUCACCACCGCUGCCGCCGCCCCUCUUCCCACCCCUCCGAUCACGCCUCCGAACCUGACUCCGACCCCGACUCCCGCCCCCACCGCCUUGGAUCCAGGACCGCCCGCAACCGAUUCGCACUCCCCACCUGCUCUCUCAAGCCUCUAGCUCCACCACCACAACCACUUCAGGCGCCGUCGUGCAACGAUGAAACCGACGACGAAGCUGCCAAGCGCGACAUCGAGGACGCCGAGGAGGCCGUGCAAAAGCCGUGGAACUUGCGACCCCGCAAACCUGCGCUCCCCAAGUCCGCCCUCGAGAUCGGAACUGGUCCUUCACGGAACCACGGCAACAACGGUGCGGGAGAGUUUCACGACGCAGUCUCGCACCACAGCGAGAACCCCGCCCCGAAGUCGCUCCGGCUGCGAGGGUUCGCGGAUACUCAGUGCGCCGAGAAGAAGGAGAAGAGGAAAUUCUGGAUCGCUCUUUCUAGAGAAGAGAUCGAAGAGGACAUCUUCGUCAUGACUGGCUCCAGACCCGCCCGCAGGCCCAGGAAGCGGCCCAAGAACGUCCAGAAACAAAUGGAUAGUGUUUUCCCUGGCUUAUGGUUGGUGGGGAUAACUGCGGAUGCAUACAGAGUCCCCGAUACACCUACUAAGAGGUGAAGUCAAUUCAGACAAGUGUUGGAGAUUUGGGAAGGUACAGAGGCGUGGAAUUUUGUAAAGAGGAGAAGAAGUGUUGGAUUGGAAUUUGAAAAGAACGCAAUGACGAAGAUAACAACAACUAUGCUAGUUUUCUUGUGUUGAUUCCCAGCACUAGGUUUUAGAUGCAAGGGGCAGCUUUAGUUGAUUUUUAGUAGUUUACAUCCCUGUAAGGAAAGAAAAAUAUGAUAUCAUAUGAGUAUAUAUAGAUUAAUUAAUAGAGUCUAAUACAGUGAUAAUCUUUUCAAUUCAGAGCUUUUAGUUGGUUUCUUAAAUUAUUUCUGAUGCAUCAAAUGCCUUUCCAUGUUUGACAGGCUUAGGGUAGCGUGCUUUGUAGUUAAUCAGCCAAAUCAUCAGUUCAAUUUAUUGGAGGCACUGCAUCUCCUUGCUUCCUUAGUGGCUCCGAAGCCGACUUUGAUGGAAGACACUGAUGAGGUUGAAAGUUAACUGCAAUGAUUGCAUGCUUUUGAUGCCUUUCCGUAUGUAUAUUAUGUUCUCCUAUUGCUAUUUGGUUUGAUUUGGUUCUUCUUAGUUUUUGCAUGCAUUAGCUUAAUCAAAUCAUUAUCAACUUUGCAUAAAAGACAAAUUCUGAUUUGGAGUAUAAAAGAUAACAUCAUCUGCCUGUUCAAAUAAUUUUCUAUUAUAAAAAUGUAAGCAUUAGACUGGGAAUCUUCAAACUCCACACUUACAUGUACUUAAUGAUAGAUAUGAUGAGUGGUGACUGAUGCUAUAUUGUAUUUUACAUAACAACCAGAGGCAGGCCUAGUACUUAGUUCAGAAGUUCAUUUUCUAAUGAAAACUGCAAACCAGUAGUUUAGAAAGACCUGAAUAAUCGAGAUUCAGGUUUCUCUGUUGUUGUAUUUCAUUCCCAGUAUCACUGCAGGGGAUACAGCCAGGGUUACUUGCUCUGGGUUUAAGUUGAAAAUUGUGAAAGUAAAAGAAAUGCUCGAUGGGACUUGAUCUAAAAUGUACAAAGGAGAUCGAAAAUGUACAUUUUUUCUGAGAACAAAAAAUUGGUUUUUCUAUUUUAUAAUCUUUUACCAUUAAAUGGUUUGAUUGUUAAUAUUUAUUUUUUUCUGACUUGGUUGAUAGUGAAAAAUAUUAUUUUGGUCAACAAUAAUGUCCAAUCAGUGUCUUUAUGCAUACUAUGACCAGCAUAGUUUUUGUGCAGUCAAAACCACCUUGAAGAAAAAUCUGCUAGCUAUUGUCAUAAGUUUUUAUAUAUAUGAAUUAACUGUUUAAGCUUGUACUUAUGUUUUAUUUGAGACAUGGGAGGAUUUUAUUUUCUUAUCAUAAAAUUUUCUUUCAUGGAUUUCAGUCUUUCAAUUUUUUAUUCAAGCAAUCAAACUUAUUACUAUUGCUCUCCCAUUUAACGUGAACAUUGCAAUUGUAGUUGGUUUCGGGUGAAGAAAGCGGGUUUGAAUUCAUCUGCUACUUAAAACAGUGGUUUAAAAGAAAUGGUAGGUGAAGAUCAUAUUCAAAUAAAAAAAAAAA